AUGGAAGGUGCGUGGGACCGUUCUCCUCCGGGAGGAGGAGCGUCGCUGUACGUGGUGCCGGGGAGAGGAGGAAGCCCAAAUACCAUUGCUCUAAUUUCAGGGCAGACGGGGAAGCUGAUGUACGUGAUGCACAACUCCGAAUAUCCCCUCAGCUGCUUCGCUCUCUUUGAAAACGGUCCCUGUCUCAUCGCAGAUGCCAACUUUGAUAUCCUUAUGGUGAAGCUGAAAGGCUUCUUCCAAAAUGCCAAGGCCAACAAGAUAGAGAGCCGGGGCACCCGCUACCAGUACUGUGACUUCUUGGUGAAGGUGGGCACGGUUACAAUGGGUCCCAGUGCCCGUGGGAUAUCUGUGGAGGUGGAGUACUGCCCCUGCGUGAUAGCCAACGACUGCUGGAACCUGCUGAUGGAGUUCAUGCAGAGCUUCAUGGGGAACCACACUCCCGGCAUCCCCUCCGUGUUUGGCACCAGGCACGACAGCAUCUACAGCCCGGCGGACACCAUGGUUCAGUACAUGGAGCUGUUCAACAAGAUCCGCAAGCAGCAGCAGGUGCCUGUGGCGGGGAUCAGAUGAAAGGACUCCCAGGAGCCCGGGUUGGAGCGACCACGUCCUCUGCCUGCACGGUUGGAUGAGAAGAACCUCCAAAAAGCAGCACCGGAGGCAGCCCGAGGUUUUUUGUCUUUCCCCGUUUCAAA